AUGGCUACUGUCAUCGCCGCCGUAGCGCAGUUGCUGCACAGGGAUCGACCAACCACGCCAUAUCGUCGCGCUUCUAAGUUCAAGAGCGGCGACGCAUCCCCUGCUCAUUCUGGCUUCGGGUCGCCUUUUGAGCCCUCUGCCGUGGCACGCCGUUCUACGUCGCGCCCACUCACUCCGCUGGAGUCCCGGCCUUCGGCGAACUGUCACGCGACGCGGCUCGACGAUGUCUCGCUUCUUGUUGAUCUCGACACUCUCGAAGACGAUGCUUUCUGCUGUCCUGGGAACUGCAGCCAUUUCAACUGCUCCACCCCAAGCCUCAUCUACUCAUCUACAAACUCUUCACCAACGUUUUCUAGCCCCAAAAUCUUGUAUUCCCCCACAUCCCCGCCUCUUUCCGACCGCCAUGACGAUCCGUCUAGCUCUUCCAGCGGCAUCGCUUUGUCGUGCGGGACCUGCCUCCUGCCUCUCCCGGAGCUGAAGGCAGACACCAACACAAUCGCUCAACGCCGAGGUGUGAGGGAUUUGCCCGCUCUGCGUCCCAUCAACAUCCAGACGAAGGUCAACACUACCUCUAGGCUACUCUCGCCGCGGUCCCCCCUUUCCCCUUCAGAUAUCGCAUCGGGAUUCGCACAACGCUUCGUCGGAUUCAUCCGCUUUUCGGCUCGCCCUGAAUCGACGACCGCAUCGCCCUCUCCGGUCGCGCGGGAGUACGAAGAAGACCCGUUUGGCCGUGUUGCUGGUCCAUUCAUCGACGACGGCUAUUCCGACGACACACCGUUCAAGGCUCGAUAUCUGCCGGAUCUCAACGACCUUUCUGUAUACCAGCAUCUCUCUCAACUUCCGGAUGGCGCUCAUUUCCGACCGGAGACAUGCCCGAAACAUGGCAAGGCGCGACUUUACAUUGGGGUCUCCAACGCCUUACCUCCUCCUCUGGCGUCGUCCGCUUUUGCGUCUCGUUCACCGCCUCUAGCAACACCACCCGUGCCCUCUGGCAACCGCUCAAAGAGUGCAUCUUCCCCCUCUCAUCGCCCUCCACCUCCACGUAAGACUAGUCUCCCUAUCCUUCAGGCCGCUGUCCAGGUCGACGUCGACCCGCCUCUUUCCACGUCUUUGCCUACUCCCACCAUCCGUGCAGCAUCUGUGAGCCCGCCCCCACGCCGCCCACCAACUCCUCCUACGAGCGUCCUCUUCACCCACCACGUCCCUUCUCCCCCUCUACAGGAUCCGCUCCGCCCCGCGCGCCCACCAACGCCCACCUCCAACGUCUACCUCAACUUCUUCAUCGGCGGCGGCGGGUCUACCUCCCCUGUGGCGCACCAGAACCCACACCUGCGCCCGCUCCUCCUCAUAGAGCGCGCCGCCGCGCGCGAGUCCGCCGAGACCGAAGUCGACGUGCGCGCCGCGUCCCCACCUCCACCGCCGUCUCCUCCGCUCGCGCCAGGCCUCCGCCCGCUCGUCCUGCCGCAGCGAGUGCACGCCCACGCCCACGCGCCGCCCGAGCGGUUCUUCGCCCGCCGCGCGCAGAGGACGCCCGGGCGCGCUCCGCGCGCGACGACGUUCCCGUUCGGCUCGCCCGCCGGUGCUGCCGCAGCGGGUCUAGAGGCCGGAACGGGGACCGGGAGGGGGCACACGAGCCUCGCGGGCGUCCCGUCUGCUUCUGCGUCUGCGUUUGACGUCGGCCUCGGGCGCAGUGUGGGCGCGGAAGCGGAAGGGCCGUGUGCUGAGGCCGAGACCCGGGUCCGGACUGAAAGGGACCCGGGGGAGAGGGGCGCAGAUGGCCUGCCAGUGUCCGCAGCCGCGCUGGGCAUGGGGCAGCCACUCGGGGCUGGAGGCGGGUCAGGUGGUGGGGAUGUGAGUGCGGGCGCGGACGAGCAGUCGCCGCAGAAGCUGGACGGGCUUCUGACGCUCCUCGGGGCGUCGGGUGUGCUGAAGGCUGCGUUGGCGGGGGAAGGGUCGCGUGCCGGGUUUACGUUGGACGGAACGCUGAUGCGGCCCGAACGGUGCUCAGAGUCGAGCGCACCCGGUGCUACGGUAGGCCAGGAGGGGUCGGAGGAGUCGGAGGAGCUGUCACAGAACAUGGAGGAUCUGCUGCAGCUGUUGACUUGCACUGGGGUGAUUGAAGGCGCGGUCGUUGCUGAAACGAGCGCUUCUGUUGGUUAG